UUCGCGCGCAGUGGCCCCCGGGUCUCCGGAACCUGUGCUCCAGGCCUCGUGCGCCCUGCCCGGAAGGCUAUGGCAGUGGCUACUGUGGCCGCAGCGCUCCUGGCCGCACUGGGUGGGGCGCUGUGGCUGGCGGCGCGGCGGUUCUCGGGGCCCAGAGGCCGGCGGCUGCAGGGAGGCGGGGACCGGAGCCUCAUGCACGGGAAGACCGUGCUGAUCACCGGGGCAAACAGCGGCCUGGGCCGGGCCACAGCCGCCGAGCUGCUGCGCCUGGGGGCGCGGGUCAUCAUGGGGUGUCGGGACCGCGCGAGAGCGGAGGAGGCGGCGGGUCAGCUCCGCCGGGAGCUCGGCCAGGCUGCGGGUCCUGAGCCCGACGCCACCACCGAAGGCCAGCUGGUCGUCAAGGAGCUGGACCUGGCCUCUCUACGUUCAGUGCGAGCCUUCUGCCAAGAGCUGCUGCAGGAGGAGCCCAGGCUAGACGUCCUGAUCAAUAAUGCAGGGAUCUUCCAGUGCCCAUACAUGAAGACGGAAGAUGGGUUUGAGAUGCAGUUUGGAGUGAACCAUCUGGGCCACUUCCUACUCACCAAUCUUCUGCUUGGACUCCUCAAAAGUUCAGCUCCCAGCAGGAUUGUGGUCGUUUCUUCCAAACUUUAUAAAUACGGAGACAUCAACUUUGAAGACUUGAACAGUGAACAGAGCUAUAAUAAAAGCUUCUGCUAUAGUCGAAGCAAACUGGCUAACAUCCUUUUCACCAGAGAACUAGCCCGCCGCUUAGAAGGCACAAACGUGACUGUCAAUGUACUGCAUCCUGGUAUUGUGCGGACAAACCUCGGGAGGCACAUACACAUUCCACUGCUGGCCAGACCACUUUUCAAUUUGGUCUCCUGGGCUUUUUUCAAAACUCCACUGGAAGGUGCCCAGACCUCCAUCUACUUAGCUUCUUCACCUGAGGUAGAAGGUGUGUCCGGAAGGUACUUUGGAGAUUGUAAGGAGGAAGAACUAUUGCCCAAAGCUAUGGAUGAGUCAGUAGCGAGGAAACUGUGGGAUAUCAGUGAAGUGAUGGUUGGCAUUUUGAAAUAAGAGUAAAGAUAAAAGGGCUAUUUCUAAGACUAUCCAUUACAUCCUUAGUCAGGAGCAGCAUGUUGUGAGCGUGUGCUACUUGGAAACAGUUUGGGUUUUACAAUAAUACUGCUGAGAGGUACUCAUGGAUAUUUGAAGGGCACUGGAGGUAUGUGGACUAAUACAAAGUUCAAGCAAAGAUGUUUUAAAUAACUAGAAUGAGCAACACAUUUCUGUUUUGAUAUCAAAAAUUAUAAUUGGGCAAUCAUAAAUUACAAAUACUAAAGAUACUGGCAAUUUAAAAUAUAUCUUGAGAGUUUUAAAAACCUUUUGAGUUUCAUAGCAAAAAUGUUAAGAAUUUUUACUUCAGUGCUUGUUUUGUGGAAAAACUGUGCCUAGUGUGUGCACAUAAAUUAUCACUUGGAAUAAAUGUAUAUGCAGA